AUGGCUUCUGCGCAAAUAGACAAAACCAACAUAGAAGGUCAUGAUUUCCUUGUGAGAGAGGUUGAGAAACUCAAAAAUUCAAUCAUGGAGAGACUCCAAUAUGAAAAGCAGAUUAUGGUGGAUCCACUUUCAUUGAAAGAUUCUCCUACAGAACAAAGGUACCUUGAGACUACCACCAUGCUUCCAACUAUAAUCACGACUUCAUCAUCCAUCAUUUUGCAACCUCCCCCACUACAACCUCCAAAGCCAAGAUUCUUGAGCAUGAGUCUCCCAAAUUCAGCCAACUCAUCACCUCGUUUUGCUUCAACACUUUCCAAGAAGAAACCAAAAGGUGAGAGUCCUGAAUCACAAUGUCAAGAUAGUAACUUGAGUCAAAAGCUUCAGCAUUUGCUAGAAGAAGACCUGCAUUUAAAGAAGAACAAGCCAUGUGGUGAAGCAACAGCAUUUGCUCCCUUAAAUGAAUUUGAUCACUGGUUGAGUAAACUAAGUGCAUUGGAGCAUGACAAGUGGUACCAUGACAAUUUCUUUAAAACUGAAGUUGUCAAAGAAAGUCCCAAGAGUGUCAAGUUUAAGCACAUGAAAACCACACAUGACGGAUUUAAAUGCAGUGCUCUGUGCCUUUAUCUACCAGGCUUUGGUGGUGGAAAAGUAAAGCCAAUUAAAACAAAAAAGGAAGGUAAAGGAAUGUCUAGGACAGUUUCCUUGGAAAAUUUUGAAUGUGGUUCAUGGUCUUCUGCAGCAAAACUCAAUGAGAUUGAAGGAGACUCCACUAACUCCUACUUUGAUCUACCAAUGGAGUUGAUCAAAUGCGGUUCAAGUGAAGUUUACUCUCCAGUUGCUUCAUCUUUUGUUUUUGAAAGAGACCUUAAAGGGAUUCUGAAGAAUGGUUCCUCUAGAGGUAGUGCUAGAAAAUCAGAUGCAUCACCUCGCCAUGUUCGAUUUUCUACAUCAUCUUCUGCGUCACAUCCUGCCUCUCCUGUAACCUGCAUUUCUCCUCGCUUGAGAAAAGCCAGAGAAGAUUUUAAUGCCUUCUUAGCAGCAGCACAAAGUGCAUGA